AAUUAAUUAUCAGAGUAGAAAUCUUUGAUGAUUGUCUUUAUCUUCUUGAUGGUCGUUAUGAUCAACUUCAUACAUUCCAUGUCGAUUUGGUUAAAAUUUCAUUUCCAGAUGGUUCUAUAAAUCAAGAUCAUUUACCAAAUCUGAAGUGUUUUUCUCUUUCCUGUAAAAGGGAAACAUUCGAUUAUGAAAUAGCAGUGCUACCACUUCUCUAUCGAAUGUCAAAUCUAGAAGAACUCGAUUUAUGUCUUAAGGUGCGUGGUUCGAACACAUUGAUUGAUGGAAAACAUUUAAAGACAAAAAUUCUUAAACACAUGCCACGAUUAAAUCAAUUUACAUUUUUUAUUCAAUCAUCCAAUUAUAUUCGUGAUGGAAUGAGUAUUCCAUCGACAGAAGAUAUUCAAAAGACAUUCAUUGACUUUCCAAAUAAUAAUAUCAUUUCUCAUGUGGAUUUUUUUCCAAAUUUUGAACGAAGUCAAUGUCACAUUUACUCUUAUCCAUUUCUCAUGCGAUAUUAUACGGGUAUUUCAAAUAGUUUUCCAGGUGGAUUAUUUGAACAUGUUCGUGCAGUAUCAUUAUAUGAUGAACGUCCUUUUGAACAUGAAUUUUUUCUUCGAAUUCAAAAGUCAUUUCCAUUUAUGGAAGAAUUAUCUUUAGUUAAUCGUACAGCACAAAACCGAAAGCAAUCUAAUCAAUCGAACAGCCAUAAUCAUAAUUCAUCACUUAUUGAAUACACUUCUCUAUGCAAACUUUCUAUUGUGGGUGUUCAUGAUGAUUACGUCGAAGAAUUUCUUCUUGAUACCAAAACGUAUUUUCAAAAUAAUCUUAUUCUUUUGGUCAAUUAUGAAUGUUUAGAACGAGUAACACAUGAUUUCAGUAGAGAUGCUACUCGAACUAAUUGUGGUAAAAUAAAUACAAAAUAUGAAUUAAAUAAUAAUAAAAUAUGUAACAAUAGUGGUCAAUGUAUUCGAUCGGUUUUAAGUAGACAAACAUUAGAACCAUAUACAUUUAUUUGUUCGAAAGGUCUUCAUGGUGAUCGUUGUGAACAUGAAGAGAACAAAAUUUAUUAG